CGACAAAACGGCUGUGAUGCAAUCACGCAAGUCACCGCGUCAAAGCGUGGAUCCCGGGAUGCGCUUACCGCAGACCCCUGCAUCUAGCUGCGGCUAAUCCUGAGGGCAGCCGCGCCGCCACCAACUUGCACCCCUCCCUCUCUGCAGCAACCGACCAGGGUCCCCGGUGAUCCCUGACUACGGGACUAUGACACCCGCGGGCGGCCGCGGUGGCUGGGGCUGGGGUGGUGGCAAGGGAGGCGGCAAGGGAGGUGACGCGGGCUCUGGGGGCAAAGGAGGCUUCGGGGCACGCACGCGCGGCCGGGGCCGGGGCCGGGGGCGCGGCGGCGGUGGCGGCGGCGACAACAGGGACCGCGGUGGCAGCGGGCAGCGGCGCGGGGGCCAAGCCAGGAACAAGAGCCGCCGCAGGAAGGCCAUCACGGUGUCCGUAGAACCGCAUCGGCACGAGGGCGUGUUCAUCUACCGUGGCGCGGAGGAUGCGCUGGUCACACUGAACAUGGUGCCGGGUAUCUCAGUGUACGGAGAGAAACGCGUCACGGUGAUGGAGAACGGCGAGAAGCAGGAGUACCGCACGUGGAACCCCUUCCGCUCCAAAUUGGCCGCCGCCAUCCUGGGUGGUGUGGACCAGAUUCACAUCAAGCCCAAGUCCAAAGUGUUGUAUCUGGGCGCCGCCUCGGGAACCACCGUCUCUCACGUCUCCGACAUCAUUGGCCCCGAUGGCCUGGUUUAUGCGGUUGAAUUUUCCCACCGCGCCGGGCGCGAUCUGGUCAACGUGGCCAAGAAACGCACCAACAUCAUCCCGGUACUGGAAGAUGCCCGGCACCCUCUCAAGUACCGCAUGCUCAUCGGAAUGGUGGACGUGAUCUUCGCUGACGUGGCCCAGCCGGACCAGUCCCGCAUCUUGGCGCUGAAUGCCCACACUUUCCUGCGCAACGGAGGCCACUUUCUCAUUUCCAUCAAAGCUAACUGCAUCGACUCCACAGCGUCCGCGGAGGCUGUGUUUGCUUCCGAGGUGAAGAAGCUGCAACAGGAGAACUUGAAGCCACAGGAGCAGCUAACUCUGGAGCCCUAUGAGAGGGACCACGCUGUGGUCGUCGGGGUUUACCGGCCCCCUCCCAAAAGCAGCAACAAGUAGCAGCAGCAGCAGAAGCCAGGGAAGGUGCCCUGCAUUGCCAAGAGACUGUGCUGUGUCUUUGUGCCUGUCCUACUGUGUUGUUGUUCUAUUAAAUGAAAUAAACAGUUGCCAGCGUCCUACUGUGAGGCCAGCAGCUGCACAAAUUCA